AGAGGAGAAAAAAAAACGAAGUGGGCGGUGCUAUGAAAAGUGUUAAACUUCACUGUACUCCGACUAGCAACAGGAUUUACUUUAAUCUGUUCGUAAAUGGAGUACGAAGACACACAGAAACAACCAAAGCAGUCGGUUGAAGAAUAUCACACUGAAGGAGCAGUGCCUUGCCUUACACAUUGCUAAAACGGAGUUCAGGGGCUUCAGGAUGGACCCGGUACUUCCCAGUGAUGUUUUUGACUCAGAUCUACUGGAGACAGAAAGUGAGGAACUCCGGCUUAAAGUGGACUUCUUCAGAAAACUGGGGUACUCCACAGCAGAGGUGAAAGCCGCUCUGAGAAAGCUGGGCCUAAGCACAGACACCAACGCAAUGCUCGAGGAGCUUGUGAGGAACAGAACCACCAACACGUCACCAUGUUUUUCCGAGAGCGAUGAGAGGAGCGCAGAUCUGAAAGACCCGCUGCUGCCUCCCAGUUGGGACGUUGGAACCUGCAGAAUCAUGCCACAACUCGGGGAGCAAAAAAGUGCAGAUUCGGAGCUGAGACCUAUUGUUAUUGACGGCAGCAAUGUUGCUAUGAGUCACAGCAACAAGGAAGUGUUCUCAUGCAGGGGCAUAGAGUUGGCAGUGGAUUUCUUCCUGGACAGAGGUCAUAAUAACAUCACUGUGUUUGUUCCGUCUUGGCGCAAAGAGUUGCCCCGAGCUGAUGCCCCUAUAACAGAUCAACAUAUUCUGUUGGAGCUUGAAAAACGGAAAAUAGUGGCCUUCACCCCUUCCCGCCGGGUUGGUGGCAAGCGAGUGGUUUGUUAUGAUGACCGCUUCAUUGUCAAACUGGCGCAUGAGUUAGAUGGCAUAAUUGUGUCCAACGACACCUACCGUGAUCUUCAAGGAGAAAAACCUGAGUGGAAGAAAUGCAUUGAGGAGAGGCUCCUCAUGUACUCAUUUGUGAAUGACAAGUUCAUGCCUCCAGAUGAUCCUUUAGGUCGACAUGGACCUAACCUCGACAAUUUUCUCCGGAAAAAGCCCCUGCCUGUUGAGCAGAAAAAACUGCCCUGUCCAUAUGAUAAAAAGUGCACUUAUGGCAUCAAGUGCAAGUACUACCAUCCUGAGCGGGCAAACCACUCCUAUCUGUCCUUGGCUGAUGAACUGAGAGAGAAAGCACAAAUUUCUUUUGUAAAAGAAGAAAAAAAGGCAAGAUCAUCUGUCAACUAUCCUCAAUCUGAACCUGAGCCUUCUCAUCCUCGACACACACAUCUCCCUUGGGAUCAGCAGAAUUCCUCAGUUCUUGGUCACAUUAGUGAAAAUAAACUACUGCUCUGGGAAAACUUCAGAAAAAGCCCCAACCAAAUGCUGUCUUCAACAAAUGGAGGAAAGUGUCAAGAAGAAUAUCCCGCGUCACACUACAUACCGAAUCAUUAUCCCAAUAUGUCUCGGGAAUAUUUUGAUUCCGGUUUUGGUUCGACUGAGAGCUACUACUCCGACUUGCCACCAUCCCGCAGCAGCACCCACAGACUUGGUUCUCAGCAUCAAAGCACCCUCCCCAGGCUCCAACAUUCCCCAGUUCACAUGGAGAACUGUAAUACCAGUUAUUGUGGCAAAUGCUGUUCCUAUCCUCAGCAGCAGCAUCACAGCAACAUCGACUGCUGCAGUCUACCCAUCUAUGACACCUACAAUCCAAAUAUGUUCCCACAUGGUGUACAUCAGCAACGGAGCCUGCCUGCCCAUUUCCAUAACACUGCAACCCCCCAACUCCAUCAUAAUUACUGGUCAGAUCCCUUUCAGGGUGUGCCGCCAGCCAGAUCCUCAUGCCCCACCCCCUCCUUGGCUUAUCCUUCACAUUGCCACAGCUCCUGUUGCUCCUAUGAGAAUCACCAGUACCAAACCUGGGGCCAGCAACAACAACCGCCGCUGCCUCCGGCUCCUGCUGCAUUCAAGCAAAAUAGAUCAGAAAUGCGCAAGAAACUGCAUGCCAUCUUCAACCCAAACCAAGUGGAUAGGGUCAUGGAGAUGUUCCCGCACCUGAUGGAUGCUGAAGUUUUGGCUGCAGAGAUACUGAACAUGAAAGCUCAGGGGAUGAUAUUCUGAUCAUGGUUCUGUUCUCUUUGAUCUGGAAUAUCAAAAUAUUUAGGACAAUUUCAGUGAGGGCUGCAGCAAAGUUAACAGCAAAAAAAAUGUGAUCCGAAAUUUUAGUGUCAUCAUGCCCACAUAGAACCACAUCAAUGUUUUUUAUAGCAACAAUACAUUACAGGUGUGUUAGUUCUUGCACACUAAAACCAUGACAUUGAGGUGUGUCAGGGUUAAACACAAAAACACGUUGAUUGAUUUGAACCUCUAGAUUUUUAGGGUUUCACAUCAUAAUGAUGUAAAACGCUGGACACGUGUACUGAUACUGAGAACUGAUGAACGCCCACAGAGAUAGAUUAAGUAAAUUAACUAAAAUAGAAAAACCAUCAAUACAUUAAUCUCAUACCAAAAUAAUUAGUAGUUGCAGCCGUGUGUCAUUCAGAGAGUAUUACAAAAUGUGUUUUUCAGGGAACUAAUGUAAAAGAUAUUGCAGCAAUGCCUCAUUAUAUCUGCUUUCUAUUAUGCUACUGAAAUAUUUAUGGAAUUUGAGCUAUUACUGUAUUAUAUGUAUGACAUUGUUGUCAAAUGUUACUUUGCCAUUCAAAGUUUGGAUGGAAUAUGCCUAGACCAAAGAUCACUGAGUUUCAGGAGUUUUAACUGUUGAUGCAUAUUGUGUCAAAUAUUAUUUUAAGUUCUCAUGCUGUAUUAAAGGUUUUAUGCUUUUGCUUUCGCUGUAGUUCUCUGUAACAGUCUGCUCUUUCAGUAUUAUCUUUGAUCUGGCUGAUCUCACAAGGAAGCUAAUCAGAGGUGGCUAUUAAAAACACUACCUGAAUUAAAGGAAUUUACCAAGUGUGCUUUUCCCUUUCCUGUAAAUGUGCAUCAUUUCCAUGAAACGCAUACUGGCUAAAAUGUAAAUUAUGUAUGUUUUUAAGUGAAUAUUUUAAUAAAGAUAGAAAUAAAAAUUGUAAA